CCUACAUUUAGAGAAAAAAAUGGUUAGCAGGAACAAAACUAUCCUGCGAGAAAUUCAAGUGGAAUGCGAUAGCGACUGCAAUAGAAACGAUAGAAACAACGACGGCGUCAAGUACAAUAACAACAACGAUCAAAAUGAUUACAACGAUCGUUCCGCGAGCGUCAAAGGAGAAGAUCUGUACGCGAAGAGGAACCAGAGCGAUCGCGAUAGAGCUCCGCGUAGAGUUCCGUUAAUUGGCUGGCGAAACGAAAAGCGUUCUGCGAUCCGUCCUCCGAGUUCUGUCCACCGAAAUAUCGAUUCGGGCGAUGUCAGCGACUUAUCCUCGAAAACGUCAAGUAAACGUCAAGUCGAUGUGUACUCGACUGACGCGAUGGAAGAAGCGCCGAUCGACGCGAUCGAACCGCUCGAGCCGAUCGAGCCGCUCGAGGAGCCGGUCGAACGAUCCUCGGAACGGAGCGACGCUACGAGACGCAAGAUUCAAGAGAUAUUCGUUCGCGAGGAAUAUCCCGAACCGAUCACCGGUACGGCGACGAACCAGCGACGAAUCAAAGAUUCCAUCGAUUCCUUGAGUAUCUCGGAGCGAGAAGACUCGUCGUUGGGCCUCGGCGCGGGAGAAGAGAAGCGUAAAAAGGCAAAAGUGCCAGACGGCGGUUGGGGCUGGGUGGUCGUUCUGGCCUCUCUGGUCAUAUCCAUGAUAGCCGACGGUGUCUCGUUCAGCUUUGGUCUGCUCUACAUCGAAUUUCUCAACGAAUUCGGGGCCUCAAAGUCCAAGACCGCUUGGAUCGGCUCGCUCUUCAUGGCCGUACCUCUCCUAUCCGGCCCGAUCAUGUCCGCCCUCGUUGACCGUUACGGCUGCAGAAAUAUGACUAUCGCUGGCGGCCUGAUAUCAGGGUUGGGCUUUAUUUUAUCUAUCUUCAGUAACACCGUCGAGGUAAUGUACUUAACUUUCGGCGUGAUCGCGGGUCUCGGUCUGGGUUUGUGCUACGUCACCGCGGUUGUGAGCAUCGCCUUUUGGUUCGACAAGAAACGAACUUUGGCUGUAGGCCUCGGCGCAUGCGGCACCGGUAUCGGUACUUUUGUCUACGCUCCAAUGACGGCGUAUUUCAUCGAGGAGUACGGCUGGCGAGGCACCUGUUUGCUCCUAGCUGGCACGUUCUUCAAUAUGAUCGUCGCCGGUACCGUUAUGAGAGAUCCGGAAUGGUGGAUUCUGGAGCAACGCAAGCAAGACCAAGCUCUGCCGAAAAAACUGCACGGCCGGUCGGACGUGAGUCCGUCCGAUGAGUUCCCAGGUGUCGAAGAACUCAGAAAGUUGCUCAGAAGCGACCAUACGCCUGAAUAUUUUUUACAAAAUUUAAGUACGAGCACCAAAGCGAUCGGUGGUGCCAAGAGGCAGACAACGAGUGUAGUUAAUCUGCCAACUUUUGUAAAACGGAGCGAAAAGGUGCCUUUGGAAGUAUUGGAGUUGUUACUGUCCAAUUCUAGGCUAUACACUGUCAUUCUGGAGAAUUAUCCCAGCCUCCUUUUGUGUAGAAGUUUGUCGGAUAAACAGCUGCAAGACUCGACGGGGGAGAUUUGUAAUAAAAGCGGCGUCACUAUGUCAAUGAGGCUUCAACGUGUAACGGAAGCGAAAGCGAUCACCGAACAACGAAAAGACUCAACUUCUAUUCACGUCCCAACGAAGCUCGUUUGCGCCAGAAAGAUGUCCAAGAAGGAAGUAGAGGAAACUAAUCCUUUACUGGUGAAGGAAGUCGCGCAUACGAUCACGCCGACUGAGAAAAGGAGAUCCGUUUCUAGACGUCAUGUCAGCGAGCCUCAAGCUGGCGUCGUCGGGACAGAUUCCAUACCGUGGCUUAGACGACAGUUCAGCACCAACACUCAUUAUUUCAAGGAUAUCAGAGUUCACAGAAAUUCUGUCAUGUAUCGUGGCGCUGCUCUAAAUUUGCAUAAAUAUAGAUUGAGAGCGAGUAGCUGUCCCGAUAUCUAUAGAAAUAGUAUGAUAACAUUGGCUAAAGAGAACGAACAGAAGUGGUAUGCCGAGCUGCUAGACUUGUUAAAGAGCAUAUUGGAUUUUUCGAUGUUUCUCGAAUUGCAUUUCCUGCUGAUGUCAUUGUCAACGAUAUUGCUAUUCACGUGGUUUAUUAUACCAUACUUUUACCUUGCCGAGCAUUUGACUAGAAACGGUUAUGCCGAGUCCGAUGCUGCUAAUCUCCUCAGCAUCAUUGGUAUAACCAAUACCAUCGGGAUGAUUGUUCUUGGUUGGGCUGGCGAUCAACCUUGGAUGAAUGUCAGUAAGACGUAUACUUGGUGCCUAAUUGCCUGUGGAGCGGCCACCAUCUUAAUAUCCGUGUUCACUUACAAUUAUACGCUUUUAACGAUUAGUUCAGCAGCUUUUGGUCUUUUCUUUGCUAGCAAUUUUAGCUUCACUCCCGUUAUAUUAGUACAACUUAUUCCCUUGGAGAGGUUCACUACCGCUUAUGGUCUUAGCUUGUUGUGUCAAGGAAUUGGAAAUCUUUUGGGACCUCCAUUAGCCGGAUGGUUCUUUGAUGUGACGGGUUCUUGGGAGCUCUUUUUUAUGGCUGGCAGUUGGAUUAUUGUCUCUGGGAUCUUGGUCGGUAUUAUACCAUAUACUAGAAAUCGUAAAAUUUUCGGUGACGGACCUGUCGAAAUGGAACGAACAAAUGGCGAUGACUGUCUGGCAUAGGCUAAGAUAUCCAUUGCCUACGGUGGCGUCAAAUAAAAUAAAAUUAAUGCCCAUUACGUUCGAAAAAUAUUAUCGAACACAUGAAUCUCAAUUAUAUAUAUUGAACAAGCACUGUUGCGUCUAUCUAAUAAACAAUUCUUUAAAUUCUUUUUCCUA